AUAGCCAGACAUAAUGUUGUCUUCACCAGCUUUUCAUGCAGCACGCUCUACUCUCGGUCGCCGUCUUCAUGCAAAGAGACUAGCAUCUUCUGGUCGAACCGCUGAUCCGGAGAUUCACGCUCGUAACGAUGGAGACGAGCCUGGUCUUUUUCCAUCAGACCCCGAAGGUUUGGAUGAUGUAGCGAAUCCCAAGACUCCAGCCGAUGAGGAUGUCCCGGAGAUUCGACCCCCUGGUUUUGUAAAGGAACCGCUCACGCCGCCGAAAAACCCACGAGAUACUUCGCACAAGCUUGAAUCUACUCCUGUUGGUCUACCCGCAGAUCUCAAUUUCCAACAGAAACGAAACUAAUACCAGAAUUACGUACGCUUUAGCCGCCAUGGCCUCUUUCCCAUGAACGCAGAAAUGCUUUACUUUAAAGUAGCUGUGAGAAUAAAUUUUGAUAAAAAAAGUACUAGUCUUUCUGCUUUCUUGGGAGUAAAGAAAACUAGUGUACUCUUUUUUUUUUUCUAAAUGUAUCGCUUGUCUCACC